AUGUCCACAUAUUAUCCUCCUCCUCCUGGAGGUAAUGGAGCUUCCGCUCCCUCUCCCCAACAACAACAAUACGCACCUCCACCGACCUCUCCUCCUCCAAACCAGACCUCAUUCCAAUACGCUGCUCCACCAACCUCUCCACCACCAAAUCAAACCUCAUUUCAAUACCCUGCUCCUCCUGUUUCUCCUCCAGCUCAAUCCUCGCAUGUCUACUACCCUCCUCCCCCUUCCACCUCCACGACAAGCUAUACCCCUCCUCCCAACCCUCAACCUACUCCUCCCCAACAACAACAAUAUGCGCCUCCCCCAAAUUUCUCUCAUCGUCCCUCUUAUUCCGGCGGCCAACAUACUCUUCCCAUUCAUACUCCACCACCCCAACAAUCCCAAGCCUACGCUUCUUCCUCCGCGGUUUCCCCCCAAGAAACACAUCAUCCCAACUUUGCACAACCGAGCUCCAAUCCCACUACAAAUACAUCAGAUUAUCCGCCCGAAAAACCAGCUCUCAAUACAAGUCUCACGACCAAUUUGGAUCAUGGAGCGCCCAGCGCAGCACAUUUCGUGGGAGCAAGUACCACGCAAGAUGAUGUGGGAACAUUCAAUGGGGGAAGUUAUCGCGUUAGUCAUAGAGAUACGAAUAGCAUUGUGACGAUUCAGUUAGCGAUGGGAUGUCCAUUGACUGUUAAACCUGGCGCAAUGAUCGCAAUGACCCCCACCAUAACCCUCAAAGGCGCCAUCAAAUUCUCCAUGAAAAAAUUAGUUAUCGGAGGCGAAUUGGCACAUUCGACGUUUACCGGCCCGGGAGAACUUCUCCUCGCUCCCUCGGCUCUAGGCGAUAUCACGAAUAUUCGACUUACGGGUAAUGAACAGUGGAGUGUAGGACGGGAUGCGUAUUUAGCUUCUACACAAGGUGUUAUUAAAGAGUACAAGAGACAGGGGAUUGGAAAAGCGAUGUUUAGUGGAGAGGGUUUGUUUGUUUAUAAAAUUAGUGGAGUGGGUUUGUUGUGGAUUAGUAGUUUGGGCGCGAUUAUUAGGAAGGAUUUACAAGAAGGCGAACGAUACAUAGUGGAUAAUGGACAUCUCGUCGCUUGGAACACAAAAUAUGUAUUGGAGCGCGUGGCUUCGGGGGGAAUCAUUAGUGGAUUGAGUAGUGGAGAAGGAUUGGUGUGUAAGUUCACAGGACCGGGAACUGUUUUUAUUCAGACGAGAAAUCCGGUCGCGUUUGGUCAGUGGAUUGCGGCGCAUUCGGGUGCUUGA